AAGGGCGGGAGGAGAGGGGAUGUUGGCUCCUGGCAGUUUCCGGAAGCAGUUGGAGCUGCAGGAGUCGCUGCGGUAGUAAAAGCCAGGAAGGAGGACCCUUCCUUCCUCUCCCGCCACGAAUGACAGAGCUUCUGUCGGGCCACCCUACUCUUCUCCAGCUUGUGGAGGUUUCUCUAGAAGGAGUCCCGCUCCUAGCUGGGAGGUAUUCUCCUCUGAUGUUUAGGCACCUGGGUGAUCAGUCAUCAGGAAUUUUCCCCAGCCUUGCUGUUUUCCAUGGAUAAAAUGAGUUGAAGGCAAAGAUUAUUGAUUAUUCAGCAUUUGUGAUUGACUUCUACAUCGCAGAGACUGGCACAGAAGUAUAGAGUGAAGAUUUCUCUUUGCGGUGCAUGGACGGAAAGCCAAUGCGCAGACUGCCCCAAACGUCCAUCUCUGGCUGUUUUACAACAACAUCAAACAGAUUAAAAAUGAAGACCUUUAUUUGGUUUUGAUAUAACCACGAUUUCAGCUUCCUCAGAGCCUUGGGAUAUUUCUGAUGGGCCCUUUUGCUACUCCAUUGUUAAGUAAUUUUGGUCAGAAGCUGUGGGAGAAAGUCGGUAGGUGUACCAGUAAUCGAGCAGGCGAAACCGGAAUGGAUGUUACCAGCCGCUGUACUCUCGGAGAUCCCAACAAGCUGCCAGAAGGAGUGCCGCAGCCUGCUCGCAUGCCUUACAUCUCGGACAAGCAUCCUCGGCAGACGCUGGAGGUUAUCAACCUGCUGCGGAAGCACCGGGAGCUGUGUGAUGUGGUGCUUGUUGUGGGGGCCAAGAAGAUCUAUGCCCACCGGGUGAUUCUGUCUGCUUGCAGCCCCUACUUCAGAGCAAUGUUCACAGGGGAGCUUGCAGAGAGCCGGCAGACCGAAGUGGUAAUAAGAGACAUUGAUGAAAGGGCCAUGGAGCUGCUGAUUGACUUUGCAUACACUUCCCAAAUUACAGUAGAAGAGGGAAACGUUCAGACCUUACUGCCAGCUGCCUGCCUCCUCCAGCUAGCUGAAAUCCAGGAAGCCUGCUGCGAGUUUCUGAAAAGGCAGUUAGAUCCUUCCAAUUGCCUUGGCAUCCGAGCAUUCGCUGAUACCCACUCCUGCCGGGAGCUUCUAAGAAUUGCUGACAAGUUCACACAGCAUAACUUUCAAGAGGUGAUGGAGAGUGAAGAAUUUAUGCUGCUUCCAGCCAAUCAGCUCAUUGACAUUAUAUCGAGUGACGAACUGAAUGUCCGGAGUGAAGAGCAGGUAUUCAAUGCAGUGAUGGCUUGGGUGAAGUACAGCAUUCAGGAGAGGCGACCUCAGCUUCCCCAGGUGUUGCAGCAUGUCCGCCUGCCACUGCUCAGUCCAAAGUUCCUUGUAGGCACAGUUGGUUCAGAUCCCCUCAUUAAAAGUGAUGAAGAAUGUAGGGACCUAGUGGAUGAAGCUAAGAACUAUCUUCUGUUGCCCCAAGAGCGACCACUCAUGCAGGGACCGAGAACUCGCCCACGCAAACCCAUUCGUUGUGGAGAAGUACUCUUUGCAGUGGGUGGUUGGUGCAGUGGGGAUGCAAUUUCCAGUGUUGAGCGCUACGACCCUCAAACCAAUGAGUGGCGUAUGGUGGCUUCCAUGAGCAAACGGCGGUGUGGCGUUGGAGUCAGUGUCUUGGAUGACCUUCUGUAUGCGGUGGGGGGCCAUGAUGGCUCUUCCUAUCUUAACAGUGUAGAAAGAUAUGACCCAAAGACAAAUCAAUGGAGCAGCGAUGUAGCACCCACCAGUACCUGUAGAACCAGUGUUGGAGUAGCUGUUCUUGGUGGCUACCUGUAUGCUGUGGGUGGCCAGGAUGGUGUCUCCUGCCUCAACAUUGUUGAAAGGUAUGACCCAAAGGAGAACAAAUGGACUCGAGUGGCUUCCAUGAGUACCAGGCGCCUCGGAGUGGCUGUGGCUGUACUAGGAGGCUUCCUUUAUGCUGUUGGAGGCUCUGAUGGGACGUCGCCUCUUAACACAGUGGAGCGCUACAACCCUCAGGAAAACCGUUGGCACACGAUAGCACCCAUGGGCACCCGGCGUAAGCAUCUAGGUUGUGCAGUAUACCAAGACAUGAUCUAUGCUGUGGGAGGCAGAGAUGAUACUACAGAACUCAGCAGUGCUGAGCGAUACAACCCCAGAACCAAUCAGUGGUCUCCUGUGGUAGCCAUGACAUCACGCCGUAGUGGGGUUGGUCUCGCUGUGGUGAAUGGACAGCUAAUGGCUGUGGGAGGCUUUGAUGGCACAACGUACUUGAAGACCAUUGAAGUGUUUGAUCCAGAUGCCAACACAUGGAGACUGUAUGGAGGAAUGAACUAUCGUCGGCUUGGAGGAGGCGUAGGUGUUAUCAAAAUGACACAUUGUGAAUCCCAUAUAUGGUAAAAGCCAAUUGGAGGAACUGCCCUGGCUUCCUUUCUAUUGAAACUGGUCCGCCUGGUGACAUCUGAGCUCUGAGGCUCUAGUAAAAUAGAGAUCACACAUUCUUCGCUGGUGCCUCUUCCUAUUGGACUUCAAUGGAUGUUGCAAGCAUAGUUCCCCUUCACUACUACAGUUAUAGAAGACCAUACUAAUCAACUCCAGAAAACAACCUGGAGCACAUAAUUUUCCUUGUCUUUGUCUACUCCCCCCAAUCCCCACUUACUAUAUUUCUGAAGAAACUGGAAUUUGUUACUCUAACUUAAGUGAUUACCUAAAUCCUCAAGGUGUACUUGCAUUCCAUCAAAGAUGAGCCCACUGGAAGGUAAACCAGGCAUCUGUCCAGAAGGUGAAAGAAGUUUUGAAAAUAUCAUUUAGCCUUAUGUACAGAGGAUGUAGUCAGCCAAGAUCCUCUGCAUAUGCUUCAUCAAAAUGAGUGCACAAGAGCCCAUGGAUGGCAACAAAGCUUGGGUAAGAGAUGCUUUGGGUGGAUAUUUGUUUCUAAUGUUUUACAAUGUUGACUCUGUUGGACAAACUUCUCUGUAUGCUGAGAUUUUGCAUUUAAUUUGUACCAUUUUGAUACCCUGAUAAAGCUUCAUGGGGUUUUUUCUGGUUAAAUUCUGAUGGAUUGUUGCAUUACAUCUAACUUCCUAGAUUAAGUUAUCUUGAAGCUCUGAUCUGCAGCUAAGAUUCUUGAAAGCACAGAAUUAUGAAGUAAAGAUGGUGGGAUCACUAGAAAACUAAUAAGAGCAGUGGAUUAAAGCUCAAGGUGCUCUGAAGUUAUUGGAAGAAGGAUGCAAAAAAAUGUAGCUUUGGGCACAAUCCAAUGGGAAGUUCUCCUGGCACAAACUGCUCUAAAAUGAAUAGGAGCGAUGCAAGAGCACAAUAAUGAAUUGUGCUGUACUUGUUCAUUUCAGUGGGGUUUGCACAAGAGAACUUCCUGGUGAAAUGUGUUUUUUUGUGUAGCUAUGUGCUGAAUGCAAGCCUCAGAUCUUCUAUUGUCAGCUGAAAGGAAGCACUAACUGUUGGGAAUUACUACUGCGCUAUAGUAGGUGCAAAUGUAAUUGUAAUUUUAGAUUGAGGGAGAAACAGAUUCCCUGUCAGAAGCCAUUCAUCUGAUUUAUUGCCUGUUAACACCUAUUUCAGCAGAAUUGCUUAAAGUGGUAUACAGUGAAAUAUGCAUUCUAAACAUCUGGGUUCCAAGGCAUAUUGAUGGCACCUUUAUCCCACUUCUGAAUAAGUGGCUAGACUUGCAAUACAUGUACUAUGAUUUUUAGACUACCAUUUUUAUCCUUUUAAAGCCUAGUUCUAGUUCCUUCAAAGGAACUAGAUUAGUUUUGAGGACUGCAGCCUUUGUUUAAAAAUUGUGCUCAUUGAAACCAUGCCACUAUGUUGUAAAGGGUUUUAGAUGAAAGGAGAAGGUGUCAUUCAGCCAGCUGAAUGUGGCCCAUCAGUCAUGCAUUAUAGUAGCCGUAUUCUCGCAGGCCCAAGCAAGAAGCAGAGAAAGGAAGAAUGCAAGUAAGAUUAAGUUGGGCUGAAAUCUCUUUACUUAAGUAGCUUUGUUUAUGCACUUCAGUUUCAUCAGUGUACUAGGAUGAGGGGUGGGGGGAAGGUAACAGUUAAGUGAAAAGCCCUUCCUAUUGGCCUAAAGGUUGGCAUUAUUGUGUUUACAUUUUGAACAUUUGCACCUUUAAAAAGAAAAAGUAUUCUGUAAACAACUGUUUACAUAUCAUUUAUGCUUUUUCUAGCAUGUGAACUUGUAUAAACAUCAUUACCUUAAUAAAAUAUCACUUGGUG